AUGGCGGUGGCAGAUGUGAAGUUAAAUUCACCAACUCAAACAAACAGUCAAAGUGUUGUUGUCAAUGUCAAAGAAAGAGAUGUUGAAGUGGGGAAACCAUACGAAGACGAAGAUGGUAUAACAAUAGUUCCUGUAAAAGAACAACCAACAUAUCCUGAAGUUAGCAGAGACUUAAGUUCUGUUGCAGAUAUUCGAAACGACUACCACAACUAA